AUGAGUCUCGAACAAAAAGCCUUAAUGAACAGAACGGGCAAACCAAUACCAAAGAACUUAAGUAUACUACAAACUGAAAGGAAAAAUAAUAACAGUUUAGAAGAACAUCCGAGCACCGAGGACAGGAAAACUGAUUACACCAAAGAGAAUCGUAAACAAUACGAGAGAAAUGAAAUUUUCAAAUCUGAAGUGAAAAGAUUCAUCGAGGUUUCUAAAUAUUUCUCUAGUCCUCUACGUAAAUCGGCAUCGUACAUGUGUGAGAAUCGACUCGUGUCAUAUCCUAAUCCGUACAGAAUCGAAUACAAACGAGGCGGAAUUACAACGCAACACAUCAAAUUUUGUAACCUGACUUUGGAACCGGUGUAUAUCAAGCUUUAUAAACUUAUACCUGACUUGGAACAAUUUAAAUAUAUAAACCUGUCUCUCUCGAGAUGUAAACGGAUACCACCGGGUCUCUCCUUCAAUUUGGGCUUUGUGUACGAUGAUGUUAAUGAGAAACCUUCUUUUAAUGCGAAAAUGGUGUUUGUUGCGUCUCGUAAGACUACUACGCCAUGCUAUCAAAUAUGCGAAAUUGAAUUGCAUAUUGAAGCACAAAAGGUUAGACUUGUCACUGUAUAA